AUGGCCGCCGCUCUUUGGACAUGGCUCAGCCUUUCCAGAUCCGACGAGGAUCCCAAACCCAGCCACGUGAUCUUUUUGACGAGCAAGUACCAGGGCAGGUACGCGCAAUUCGAGACGGAGCGCUUGAUCAGGAAGACGCUCUUCACUUUCAUCGGCGCCUUGCUGCCCAUCGACUCCUCGCCAGCGUUGCAAAUGGGCUGCCUAGGCAUUGUGGUUUCGGUGUCGCUCUUUCUCUAUUGCCGCUACAAGCCUUACCACUCGGCGGAGUGGAACUGGAUCGAAAUCUGGUUGCUCUUCGCUGCGACGGUGAUGAUCACAAGUGUGUCCACCUUGCCGCGCGGCUGA